AGAUAGGGUUGCAUUGCAGUUCAAGUAGCAGCUCGUUGAAGCCACACUAUUUCCACAAGCUCUUCUAUCUCAUUAUCAACAACACAAAUCAUAGAACAGAAAAACCAUAGUUUUUUUUUUUGCCUUAGAAACCAAACAAAAAAACAGAUAAUAAUUACAAUGGCAAGCACACCAGCUUUGUAUGGCACAUCAGUGAGCACCUCCUUCAUCAGGAGACAACCAAUGUCAGUAACCACCGCAACAACCACCACCACAAAAGCAUCAUUUCCCAACAGUUUUGGUUUGAAAGGUGGAAGACGUGGAGAUCUUGUCAUUGCCAUGGCUGCUUACAAAGUGAAACUCAUCACACCAGAAGGACCUCAAGAAUUUGAAUGCCCUGAUGAUGUUUACAUUCUUGACCAAGCUGAGGAAGUUGGACUUGAACUUCCUUACUCAUGCAGAGCUGGUUCUUGCUCUUCUUGUGCUGGCAAAGUUGUUGGUGGUGAAGUUGAUCAAUCAGAUGGUUCUUUCCUUGAUGAUGAACAGGUUGAUGGUGGUUUUGUUCUCACUUGUGUUGCUUAUCCUAAGUCUGAUGUUGUUAUUGAGACACACAAGGAAGAAGAACUCACUGCUUAAUUAAUUCUAUUCUAUUCUUCUCAUGUUAUGUUAUGUUUGUUGCUUUUUAAUUAAUUUUGUGUUCUGUUGUCUACAAUGAGUAGUAACUUUAUUAAUUGCUUCACAUAUGUGAACUUAAUAAUGUUGUAUCUUUAAUGUUAAUGUUUUUCAUUUUCCUUAA